GCGGCGAGCGCCGACGUUUAUCCUCAUGCAUCCUGAGCGGUCUUUCAUUUCACCGCAGAAGAAGAGCGCGGAGCUUCUGUCUUCCUGUAGGAGCUUUUAUUUGAUCGCGCAGGUCUCCGAGAGAGAAUUUGCAUUGAGGAGAGAUGCCUGAUCUCUGGCAGGAAGCCAUGGACCACGCUGUGGCUGUGGCCAGAAAAGCAGGAGAGGUCGUACGGGAGGCUCUGCAGAAUGAAAGGAAGGUGAUGUGUAAGAGCACGUCGGUGGACCUGGUGACUCAAACCGACCAGAAAGUGGAGCAGCUCAUUAUCGCUUCAGUCAAGGAGAAGUUUCCUACACACAGUUUUAUUGGUGAGGAGUCAGUAGCUGAUGGUCAGCCCUGCGUUCUGUCUGAAAAUCCCACCUGGAUCAUCGACCCGGUGGACGGCACCACCAACUUCGUACACGGAUAUCCGUUCAUCGCUGUGUGUAUCGGGUUUGCAGUCGAGAAGAAGUUAGAGUUUGGCGUGGUGUACAGCUGUAUAGAGGAUAAGAUGUACGCAGCCCGCAGGGGGAAAGGAGCGUUCUGUAACGGAGAACCUCUACAAGUCUCCCCUCAGAAAGAGAUUAAUCAGUCCAUCAUCGCCACCGAGUUCGGCUCAAACCGAGAUCCUGAACUCGUCGACAAGAUUUUCUCCAACAUGAGGAAGAUCCUCUGUCUGCCAGUGCACGGGAUCCGUGGUGUGGGUUCUGCUGCGUUGAACAUGUGUCUGGUGGCGGCCGGUUGCGUGGAGGCGUAUUACGAGAUGGGGAUCCACUGCUGGGACGUGGCGGCUGCCGCGGUCAUCGUGGAGGAGGCAGGAGGAGUUCUCAUGGACUUUGAGGGUGGACCGAUGGACCUGAUGUCCAGAAGAAUCGUCGCAGCGAAUAACCAAACCAUCGCUGAGAGAGUUAUUAAAGAGAUCGAGCCGUUUCCUGCUGUGAGGGACGAUGCCCCUCUGCAGACUAAACAAUGACGAGUUUAAGUUUAUUUAUGAUGCCCUUUUUUUCUUUAGGAAGUUAUACAUCCUGGUAAAGGAUUCAGAACAAUUUUCCUUUUUUUUUUUUUUUUUUUAAAUACCAAGUGUCUCAAGAAUCGCCAUAGCAAGAACUCAAAAAUCUCAAAUGCUAUGGCUAAACCGUAAAUAUCGGCACCUCUGACGUUUGAAUUUCUCUGUAAUGUUAUAAUGGUGUUUAUUUUGCGUAGAUUUGUUUACAUCGUAAAUCUGAUGUACUUUGGUUUUGUGAUAUUUAUAUUUGUUCUACCAUGUUAUAAAUGCUUUAUAUUAGAUAGUCCUAUAUAUUGAAAAUUCAAACAAGGACAUGAUAGAAAAAUAUUUUAUUAUCCCAGUUAUUCACAAUGUCACAUCUGUGUUUAAUGCUCACUUCACAAUCAAUAAAAACUGCAUUCCUGUGCUCUUUAAAUCAGAA